GUUGCGUGGCGCGCUUUAUAGCAACCGUUGCUCUGCGCUGCAGCGCCAUAGUCACCGUAGUCCUGGCGACUGUAUCCCACCAACAAUAACAACAACAACCUCCUCCUCUCCGCUCCAUCCUUACCAGCGCCUUCCUCCCAUCCUCAUCCUCACACUUGUCCAGGCGCCAUGCAGACCCCAGAGGCAGGUGCUGACUCCGGGUCCACCGUACCCCUUCAGACCAGCGUGCCUGUGCAGCCUGCGGUCAGUUCACAGCAGGUGGUGUCUCAGGUGCCCGUCCAGCAACAGGCGCAGACUGUUCAACAGGUCCAGCAUGUGUACCAAGCACAGGUGCAGUAUGUUCAAGAGGAGAACAACAGCGUUUACACCAACGGAACCAUAAGGGCAUAUUCGUACACAGAACCGCAGCUGUACAACCAGAACAGCGGUGGGAACUACUUCGAUACACAAGGCAGUUCGGCUCAAGUGAGCACUGUGGUGACGACUCACAGUAUGGCGAACAACGGCAAUGGUGGUCUGGCCAUGGGACUGUCUGGAGGCCAAAUCAUCAGCAGCUCAGGAGCUUAUCUGAUUGGAGGAAACUCAAUGGAUGGCUCCGUAUCUCACACUCAGACCACUAGAGCCUCCCCCGCCACGAUUGAAAUGGCGAUUGAGACGCUCCAAAAGUCUGAAGGUUUAUCCAGUCAGAGAAGUUCGCUGCUCAACAGCCAUCUUCAGUGGCUGCUGGAUAAUUACGAGACAGCAGAGGGCGUGAGUCUGCCCCGCUCCACACUCUACAGUCACUACCUGCGCCACUGUCAGGAGCAGAAACUGGACCCUGUCAAUGCUGCGUCUUUCGGGAAACUCAUCCGCUCCAUCUUCAUGGGGCUGCGCACCCGCCGCUUGGGCACCCGAGGGAACUCCAAGUACCACUAUUACGGGAUCCGUGUGAAGCCGGACUCUCCUCUGAACCGGUUACAGGAGGACAUGCAGUACAUGGCACUGAGACAGCAGCCCAUCCAACAGAAGCAGAGAUUCAAGCCGGUGCACAAGGUGGACGGUGUUUCAGGGGAGAACUUCUCCAGUGGUGGUCAGCACACGCCCAACGCUGCAGAGCAGACGUUCAUCGCUCAAAGCCAGCACCAUCAGCAGUUCCUGGAUGCCUCUAGAGCUCUGCCAGAGUUUGUUGAACUUGACCUCGGAGAGUCUGUGGAAGGUGUCGGCCCAGAGGACGUUAAAGCCCUUCAGACGCUGUACAGAGAACACUGCGAGGCCAUUUUAGACGUGGUGGUAAACCUUCAGUUCAAUCUAAUUGAGAACUUGUGGCAGACUUUCUGGCGCUAUUCUCCCUCCAACUCUGUAGAGGGCGUCACCAUCACAGAAAACAGCGGAAUAAGUGAGAUCGAGGGCCGUCUACCGCGGGCCAGACUGGUUCUGCUCUGCCGAAAUGAGGUGGUGCUGAAGUGGAUGAACACCUGUGAUCAUCUGAUGUAUCAGGCCCUCGUGGAGAUCCUCAUCCCUGACGUUCUGAGACCAAUUCCUAGUGCCUUGACUCAAGCCAUUCGAAAUUUUGCCAAAAGCCUUGAGGGCUGGCUCACCAACGCCAUGAGCAGCAUUCCCCAGAGGAUGAUCCAGACCAAGGUUUCCGCUGUUAGUGCCUUUGCUCAGACCCUCCGCAGAUACACGUCUCUGAAUCAUCUGGCGCAAGCAGCUCGUGCAGUCCUGCAGAACACCUCCCAGAUCAACCAGAUGCUCAGCGAUCUCAACCGCGUUGACUUCGCCAAUGUGCAGGAGCAGGCCUCGUGGGUGUGUCAGUGUGAGGAGGGGGUAGUCCAACGUCUCGAGCAAGAUUUCAAGGCCACCCUCCAGCAGCAGAGCUCGUUGGAACAGUGGGCAGCUUGGCUGGACAACGUGGUCUCUCAAGUUCUCAAACCAUAUGAGGAUAAACCCAGCCUCCCCAAAGCUGCACGCCAGUUCCUUCUCAAGUGGUCUUUCUACAGCUCUAUGGUCAUCAGAGAUUUGACCCUUCGGAGCGCUGCAAGUUUUGGCUCUUUCCACUUGAUCCGGCUGCUGUAUGAUGAGUAUAUGUUCUACCUGGUGGAACAUCGUGUUGCCCAGGCAACGGGAGAGACGGCCAUUGGAGUUAUGGGAGAGUUUCAGGACCUGAAUACCAUGUCACCUGCCAACAUUGACAAAGAUGAGGUGAGCGAGAUGGACAGUGAUCUGGAUGAGGAAAUGGAAGAGUCAGAUGAGCCCCUUGCCAAGCGGGAGAAGGCAGAGAUGGAGGUGAUCCAGGUGCUGCAGGUUGGAGCGAUGGAGGACGGCAGCAGUGCGGUGGUGGGAGUGGUUCAGCCCAGUAUGCUCGGCUCUUUGCCCCAAACUACUGGCAAUCACACCGAGCUCAUCCUCAGCUCGACCGGAACCAGCACCAUCCGCCACUGUGGCAGCGUGGGAAACACGUACGCCUCGGUGUGAACAUCUGAGGCCGUCAGCUUCUCUCUUUUCCUCUCUUUACGCUUUGUCUCUCACUACUAUCUCACUGUUUGUCUGCAAGACAUCCCUUCUUAUCUUCCAUGACGAUAGCACCGUGGUUUACGUCACAGAAACAGGAUGUUAAUGCAUAGCUGCUUUCUGUUCCAGCCCUUCGGUGGGGCUGCGGGCAAAGUUCUGAUGAACUGAUCCAAGUAAAUCAAAUUUAGGAUGUGAUGAGAUGUUGAUUGUAAAGUUGAACGCCCUGAUGUUUAUAGGAAACUUUUUUUGGAUGACCCAGAACUCAAAUCCAAGCCACUAGUUCCACAAGGAAAACUUACACAUUGAUUCUGGAAAAUACCAUUUGCCUAGUCAAUAUACUGUAUAUCACGUCUCUGUUUUAUUGUACAAUUGUACUGGUCAUUAUUUACAUUUAUGUUUAGAAUAUGUAAUAGGCCAAAUGUUGCUUGCUGUUGAACUAUUUGCUGUUUGGUUAGGGAGUGGAAAGUCUCGCUGAAUAACUGUGCUGCUAUAAUCGAAGCAAGCUAGACAACCGUACUGAACAUAAUGAGCUUGCCUUUUCACCUUCUGUACUUCUGCGGUCUGAGUAUCUCAAAUUGCCUUCUGUUGGUAGAUUAAGUUGUUUGGCAGUUUGAAGAGGAUUUUUUUUUUGUCAUUGUACAUAUGCAAACUGUGUUUGUGCAUGUACAAACUGCGUUGUGGGACUUUUUAUUUUUUAGAAUUAGACCAAAAACACAGGAGUGAGAGACAACUGGUUGUCCUGGGCCAUUUCGAAGCUUCGUUGCCUCUCACACCUGUACGAUAUUGCAGAACAGAGCGAAUUUCAGGGAUUUUUUGUACCUCGGGUUCAUCUUAGUGCCUUAAGCCAAACAACAGCUUUUCAUUUCGUCUGGACUGGUGAUGUAAGGAGGUCGUUCUGCUUGUACUGAAAACCACACCGCCAGAGAAUAUUCAUAGUCCCGCAUAGACAUCUAGCUCCGGAUUUAUCGCAGUGGACAUGUGGCUGGAUUUGUGGUCUGACUUUAGCGUUUGUUAAUGCCUGAGCACUCGCAUUAAAAUUCAGGAUCGUGGUUUCGCGUCUGUUGCUCGAUUACUGCUCCCUAUCCACCAUCAAGGCCUGUUCUGUCCUUCGCCUCUUCGGUUAGGCGAAGGCCGUGUGUAUAUGUAUGUUUGUGAGUACGCGAGAGCUUGAAAUUGGCCGAGGUGUUUGUCGUUUGAUUGUUACGUGUGUACCUUGUCACCCUACCUCACACCGGCACUGCCGGUCUUUGACACAAAAAUUCCCGAUGUCUGGAAUUGUGUUUUGUUUUUUGCUGGCCCUGAUCACGUUCUCAUCUUGUCAUAUGACUUUAGUUUUCAUUUAAAUGUACAAUGGCUGCAACCACAAAAGUGGGUAUUUGUAUAUUUACGGAUUAAAAGGAAUAUUCUGGGUUCAAUACAAGUUCAAUCGACAGCAGUCUUGGCAUAAUGUUGAUUACUAAAAAAAUUCAUUUUCUUUAAAAACAAAAUUAAACUAAAAUCUGUUACAGUGACACACUUACAGUGGAAGGUCAAUGGGGUCAAUCUGUAAACAUUAAAAUACUCACUGUUUCAAAAGUAUAGACACAAGACAUAAACAAUAUGUGUGUUAACAUGAUUUUAGUGUGAUAAAAUCACUUAAUAACUGCAUCUGUGGAAAGAUAUAGACAGUUAUACAAUUUCAUUGCCGUGAUAAAGCUGUAAACCCUAAAAUGACGGUAAAAGCGACAAUCUAAACAGCUUUACAGCUCAAAUAAUACUUGAGUUUUAACAGAAGAAUUAAUGUAAGUGGGCGAUGAGGAGGGCGUGGCCUGGCCAUAAGGAUGGACGCCUGCCGCUGAAUUACACCAAUUAGCUGGGAGAGGGAUAAAGAGGAGCCAGAGAUGCCAGUUAAAGAGAGAGAGAGAGAGAGAGAGAGAUGCAUGCAGCCGACGAACGUGUGCAUUCUGCGUUGGGCUGGGAAGGACAACAGUGUGAGCGACACAUGGAGCUGUGUGUGUGUGCCGGCGAGUAUGUGCUGAAAAGCAGUUUCAUCUUGUGUCCAAGUGAAACUGUGUCUUAUUAAAAUAUUUCAUGAACUGUUCACCCGGCUCCCGCUUCCUCAUUCGUAGGGAAGGCAGAGAUCUGCCACAAAGUGCUUUUACAAAUUAUAAGCUUCACAUUUCUGCCUUUAACCUUGUGCAACCCCGCGUCCACAUGUGUGGACAUUUUAUUUUGGCUUUGCUAUACGCAACGCAUAAUUUAAAUGAGUAAAAACCGACUGCAUACUGUUCACAAGACUCUAGACUGUCAUUUAAGAGUUAAACUUCUGCCGCUCUGAGUCACGUGACACAACAACAUGACACUGAUUAACUUGAAGCACUCCUACGGAUGCAGCGCCAACAAAAGUGCCUCUGGUAAAAAAUAUCUGUACGUUUUCUUUAUUGAAACCUGUUUGGGUAUAAAGAGGAGAGUCUCUAGUUUCAUUUGAUAUGCCGCUUUAAAAAAUCUGUUCAUUUUUCGUGCGUCAGCGCGCUGAUAAACAUGUGUACACAUAUGUGGACACUGGCACCGCAUUUCCUCAAAAGUAGAAAAAACUUUAUUUUUAAUAACUUUCAACUCUAACACAUCUGUGGGUCAUUUCGCUUCAUUUUAAUAUACAUUUUGUUUUAUGUUGUUAUCACUGUACAAUACGGUUCUAUUCAUUAACAUUAGUAAAUGCAUUCCUAUAUUUACUGUACAUUAUCACAUUGAGAAUAAAUGGAUUCAUCCAAAAGCUGGAAAAUGUUGCUUUCAGAGACUUUAUAUGGAGUUAGGAUGAAAAUAAGGUGCAUUUCAAACUGUUCUGAGACCAGUGCAGACAGACAGCACACUGGAGGUUAAGUCAUUCACUAAAUAGGGAGCAAGGGAGCAUCCUAUAUCUCUCUAUGCAGUUAAGUGCAUUCACUCCUAAAAUCUGAUCAAAAGUUCAGUUUCAGGCUGCAGAUGAUGUUUGGAUCACUCAACAUGUUUGACAGACAUGUGACAAUGAUAAUCAGUACAUAGAUUCAGAAUUUAUAAUGUAUCAUUUUAUUUUAACAUGAUUGACAGUGAUUGGAUGAUGCUGGACAUUACUUUGAAUCUGAAUUAAUUAUGAUCAUUUCUGAUGUAAUGUCUGUAACGUCUAAAAACAUGAAUAAUCAACACUCCUGGAAACAUCAUAAACUAUUUGACUUUCUAUAGCUUGGUAUUAUUUAACAUUUCACAACUUAGUCCCGCUGUCCACAUAUGAGGACAUCAAUUAUUAGGAAAACUAUUCAGUCUAGAAAGUUUUUUUUGUUUUUUUUUUUUGUUUUGUUUUUGCUUGUUUAUUUGGUGCUACUAGUUACAAUUCAAAAAGGGAAAUAGAAAAUGCACACAGCAGUCACACAGCAGUCUCAUGAGGUUACAGUAAACCCUCCAAAAAUUGGCCUGCAUUUUGCUUUUUUAAAAGAAAAGGAGGGUCGAGUCGAAAUGAACUUUUGAGGUAAUCAGUAUUAUGCCACAAAUGCUGUCGAUUGAGCUUCACUAGUAUUGAACUCGGAAUAUUCCUUUAAAUAACUAUAUACAGUCAGGGGUGGAGAUUCAUUUGGUAAUAGAUAGGUUGUUUGUUUUGCUUUAAUUACUGUGAAACGGAGAUGAGGAUGUUCAAUAGCAUCCAUUAUUAUAUGGAGAAAGUUGGUUAUUUGUUUUCACUCUGGUAGGAGGUGCUGACCACCUUAUGGACCUUUUUUGUGGUACUUGACCCAUUAUUGACUGCUCUCUUAUUAUGGAAAACACUGGAAAAUUGUAGUUGGAAACUGGAUUACAUUAUUACUACUAACAUUUUUUGUUUGUUUUCCAAUGACUACGUGCACAGGGGCUGUUUGAUGUGUUUUAUUCAUCUUUUUUAUUGAAAAUGUAUAAUUAAUCAUCAUUUUAAUGUGAGGGAAAUUGAGAGAUGAACCUGUCCAUUGUAAUCUCUGUUGAUGAUUUUGAAAUAAUAAUAGGGAUAUAUAAUUUUAUAAGGAAAAUACAUCGUGAUCAUUGCUGUUCUGUUGAAGAGAUUGUCCGGAGAUUUCCAAGUUACUGUACUGAUAAUCAUGAUGGCGCUGAUUAUAUUUAAGUAUGGAAUCUGUGGGAUGUACUGGAACAUGUUUUUAACAGUAAUGACCAGUUACUAAAGAUGUCCUACUGCUGAAGAAUUGCAAGAUUAUGUGAUUGACCUGUAAUCGUUUUGUUACUUCCACCUAAAGAAAAAAAAAAGAAAGAAAAGAAAGAAAAAAAAAGAAAAAAAGAGUUGACUGUUUUAGUUCAGGUGGUUUUGCUACAGAAGAACUUGUUUAUUUUUUCUUCUCUUUCUUUGUCUUUUCGUGCCUGGACUACAGACAGCUCUUCUCUAUUGGACAGUUUGAUAGAUGUCUUGAUCACGUGUGAUGUCACUACUCAAAGUGCUUUUGGUCUUGCAUGCCUUUUCUUGUGCUGCUAGAAUUUCAUUUUUCUUUUGGACAACGUGCCAAGAAGUAUAGAAAAGUUCAGUGCGCUAAUUUCCAACCAUAUGCCUGUUUCUACUCAAACUUUGCCAAAAUACUGUUAAAAAUGCAUCUUUUCAUUUGACAAGCCUUGCUCAAUCAUGUGAGGACACCUGUAGUUUUUUUGUUGACACUAAAUUUGGCUCGGCUAUUUUUAAAUUGAACCAUCGCAACCUUACUCUGGAUAUCAAUGCAAGCUUUUUUAGGAAAAGAAACUUGCCCUUCUACUGAUAUCAACAUAUCAACCCCUAAGACUGCAGAGGAGCGUGAAGGCAGCUUCACUGACAAAAGACUUCAGUGCCUUUGAUUUCACUACGACCUCCAGAACCAGAACAAGCCAACGGACAGACGGAGCUUCAGAGUCUCCUAAAGCCGCCACACUCACCUAUGACACAUAUGCACAGACCCGUUUAAAGGCACCCAAACUUCAAACUGCUGAUGAAGUGAUGACAUGAACAGAACUGUAUUGGGAUUUCGCCAAUAAAAGCACUGCACUAUCAUUGUCAUCAUGAUUUAUUUCCGUUCUAUUGUACGUAGAGUGACAUGCUUGGUUUUUAUGUUGUCUUUCAUUUUUUGGGGUUGCUUUUGGAAUAUUUUAAGUGCCAUUUGACGGUUUACGUAGUGAGUCGUGGCCUGCUGUAGCGCGUUCAAAUGCAAGCACAAGCAUCGUGGUACUCUUGAGAAAAACUCUCAGAACUGAAGUCCUAGAUGUAAAUAUUGAGAUAAAAUGGAAGGAUAUUUAUUUAAAGUCCCUUACUUUAAGCAGUUUAAUGAGAUAUGUUUGAAAGUGUAAAUUGUGAUGAUUUCUUUCUUUUUUCCCCCAUAUCUCUUUAUCGUUUUGGAUGAUGUACCUUUACAUAUACAGUACAUAUGUAUUUUUUUUCCCUCUUUUUGUGUGUUGUUCCAAUUUACCUCUUAGUAAAUUAUAUCCUCUGAAAAUUGGUAAAAGCUAACUAAUAAGUGUAGAGUGAUUUGUAUUGUGUAUUUUACAUGAAGGAUAACAAAACCGGGGAACUUUUAUAUUUAUAAGAUUAUAUAUUAACAUUUAGUGUGUCAACAUGAGGAAAAUAUAGAAAUUAUCCAGGACACAUGUAGUUUGUUUUUUCUGAAUAUUUCAGACUUGAGCUCAGGCUAGCUUAUUAGUGUUGUUUUCUUAAAUUUGUGGCUUGUCUUUCAAUU